ACGCCAACGACCACGAUGGCUGGCACGAUGACGAUCAAACUGGAAUUCAGCGGUGGACUCGAGUUGCUAUUUGGCAACGAGCGUAGUCACUCGGUUCUCAUCCCUGACUUUGUACCAUCUGAUAAUUCCACGCAUUCUACUCCGUCCUCAUCUUCAUCUACGCCCUCGUCGUACAACGACGCUCUUUCCACGGGAGAGACGAAGGCAGCAGAUUUAGAGUACUUGAUAUAUCACCUUCGUGAUCAUUUACUCAAAGAGCGCCCGGAAUUGUUCAUGGAGAACGGGACGAUCCGCCCAGGAAUCCUUGUGCUGAUUAACAACACCGACUGGGAGCUUGAAGGGGAAGGUUCCUACCAACUCUGCGAUAACGACGAGAUCGUUUUUAUCUCGACAUUGCAUGGCGGGUGA